ACACUCCAGAGCUGCAGCAGCUCCUGAUUCCCUCCUCAGUGGCAAGCUGCUCAGCGAGCACCUAGUGAACAGCAUCCGCCCCUCUGCUCUCUCCUCUCUUCCUGCCAGGGCGCACUGCUGUCCAUGGGGAGGAGUAAUUAAUGGGCUCAUUAUGUAUGAAAGCAGCAUCCCACCACUUGGCUGUCUGAUUUGAACGGAUCCGAUCAGCGCUUCAUUCAUGUUCAGUGUCUGGGAUGUGGCAAAGCUGUUCUUCCUUUUGGAUUUUUUCCCUCACCACUCAGAAACCAGUGCACUAGAGCGAUGUAUUAACAGAAGCACUCGGGAAAGAAAGGCGAUUCUUAACCUCUGCAGACAGGAGGCUGAAGGACGGAAAGUUGUUAAGGGAAAAGCCAAGGGAAGCAGAAGGUGCUAAAGAACACCCGUGCUUCUGGAACACACGGUGUUAGAGCAAGCGUGCUCUGGGGACACUGGAUUCUCUGAAUUACAGGUGAGCAGAACUUUUCCAGAGGCUGAAACAUCUGCAAGAGCAAUCACGAUUUCUCACUGCUGAGAUAGUCAAUGAAUUUUUAAUAAGUUCUGAGCACUGUGGUCAGAUCAAUGGCUGUUAUCUGAUAAAGGCAAAAUUCACCCUUUGAUUUCCAUAAUCCUGCCCAAAUGGAAUCUUCACCUUGCUGCUACCUGUGCUAACAUGGGAUUACCGGGGCCACAAAGACGCUGCAAGAACUAAGACACACGGGUGAAAGAGAUCACCACGGCAAAAGUCGACGAGGCAUUUCCAGUAUGAGAGCUUACCCUUCCUCACUGAGCUUCAAGCAACUCCUGCCAGAUACUGGCCAAGAAGAGGGGAGGUAGCUCCAAACAGAGAGUAGCGCCAAACCUUGGACCAAAUCUGAGUGUAAUUUCUUGAGCCAGGAUGGAAGGGGAGUCUUAUCACAAUGAAACCACUGUCAACGGCACCCCAGUAAAUCACCAGGCUUUGGAACGCCAUGGACUGUGGGAAGUCAUUACUAUUGCAGCUGUGACCGCUGUGGUCAGUCUGAUGACCAUUGUCGGCAAUGUCUUGGUCAUGAUCUCCUUCAAAGUCAACAGUCAGCUCAAGACAGUUAACAACUAUUACCUGCUCAGCUUGGCCUGUGCAGACCUCAUCAUUGGCAUCUUCUCCAUGAACCUCUACACGACCUACAUCCUCAUGGGACGCUGGGUUCUCGGGAGUCUGGCCUGUGACCUUUGGCUUGCACUCGACUAUGUAGCCAGCAACGCUUCUGUCAUGAACCUUCUGGUGAUUAGCUUUGAUCGUUACUUUUCCAUCACAAGACCACUGACAUACCGAGCCAAGCGUACCCCAAAGAGGGCUGGCAUCAUGAUCGGCUUGGCAUGGCUGGUCUCCUUCAUCCUCUGGGCGCCAGCCAUCCUCUGCUGGCAGUACUUGGUCGGGAAGCGGACAGUACCACCUGAUGAGUGCCAGAUCCAGUUCCUCUCUGAGCCCACCAUCACUUUUGGGACCGCCAUUGCCGCUUUCUAUAUCCCUGUCUCCGUCAUGACCAUACUCUACUGCCGGAUCUACCGGGAAACAGAGAAACGAACCAAGGACCUGGCUGACCUCCAAGGUUCCGAUUCUGUGGCAGAAGUCAAGAAGAGAAAACCGGCUCACAGGACCCUGCUCAGAUCUUUCUUUAGCUGCCCUAGACCCAGCCUGGCCCAGAGAGUACGGAACCAGGCCUCCUGGUCAUCCUCCCGUAGAAGCACCUCAACAACGGGAAAGCCAACCCAGGCCACUGAUCUAAGUGCUGACUGGGAAAAGGCUGAGCAGGUUACCAACUGUAGCAGCUGCCCCUCUUCAGAGGACGAAGCCAAGGCCACCACUGACCCUGUCUUUCAAGUGGUCUGCAAGAAUGAGGCCAAGGAAAGCCCGGGGAAGGAAUUCAAUACCCAAGAGACCAAGGAAACGUUUGUGAGCCCUCGGACUGAAAACAAUGACUAUGACACUCCCAAGUACUUCCUGUCUCCAGGUGCUGCUCACAGACUCAAGAGUCAGAAGUGUGUUGCCUAUAAGUUCCGAUUGGUGGUAAAAGCUGACGGGACCCAGGAGACAAACAAUGGCUGUCGUAAGGUGAAAAUCAUGCCCUGUUCCUUCCCAGUGUCCAAAGACCCUUCAACAAAAGGCCUGGAUCCCCACCUCAGCCAUCAAAUGACCAAACGAAAGAGAAUGGUCCUAGUCAAAGAGAGGAAAGCGGCGCAGACCUUGAGCGCCAUUCUCCUGGCCUUCAUCAUCACAUGGACUCCUUAUAACAUCAUGGUCCUGGUUUCCACCUUCUGUGACAAGUGUGUCCCUGUCACCCUGUGGCACUUGGGUUACUGGCUGUGCUAUGUCAACAGCACCAUCAACCCCAUCUGUUACGCUCUCUGCAACAGAACCUUCAGGAAGACCUUUAAGCUGCUGCUUCUCUGCCGGUGGAAAAAGAAAAAAGUAGAAGAGAAAUUGUAUUGGCAAGGCAACAGCAAGCUACCCUGAAUCCUUAGCAACUCCUCUGGAAAGAACAAUGAUCACAGUCUGGUUUGCUUGUUAAAGGAAUGUCAUCUGCCAUUCUGAGUCCCUGAAGGCUUGUCAAGGUGCAAGGUCUGUUGUCAAACAAAGAGUCACACAUGCACCUGCCUGUGAGGUGAGUCUUGUCCAUUACCAAGGCCACCCAAUGCCUCUAGAAUUUGCCAGUGAAUCAGAGAGACAGACUCAGGGCCCUUCUCUGGAAGUACACUUGAGUCACCAUGGACAAUAACUUCAGGAAUUGAUCUGUGAAGAACAGCAGGGACCAGGUGGAAAUCUUCCCCUGCUACAUUCUGUCAUAGAGUGUUGUGUAACAUGUAUGUGGCCAUAUGAAGUUUUCUUAUAUCAGCAAGAAUCAGGAGCGUGUAAGCCAGUUGCACCUCCAGAUAAAAGUGUUAUUCACCUGGCUUCUAAGAAUAUCACUCUUUGUAAUGCAAUCCACAUUUAUUACACAGCGAUCAUGUGCAUUGUACUGUGGCAUGUUUUUCUGAUCAUACACAGAAAGAAUGCUCUUCCUCUUCCUUUCGUAACUAUGACAACUCCUGCACCCAUUGAAACCAUGGUGAUUCCCCAAACCAUCAUUCUCUCAGUAUCUUGAGUCAAGAAGGAUGCUAACAUUGGCUUACUUGUACACUUGGUCUCCUAGAGGGGCCUUUAUUCUGCUAAUAAUGAUGAUACAUUAUCACACAUAGUUAUUUUCAUGCUUACCAAUGGGGUAACUAUUUUGCUAAACAAAUAUUGUGUAUCAUUUCUGGUGUCCAUUUGGAUUCACUUAUUAAGUACAUUGUGUUCUCAGGAGAAACUAGUUGUAUAAUAGUCCUGCCCAGGAUUCUCUCCAGGAUGUUGAAUGCUUGUUCAUUUAUGUUGUUUUCAGGGUGUUGCUUUCUAAUUUCUUCUCAAGACAAACCAAACACAAAACGUGGAAAACAAAUAGGAUUCUUCCCAUGCUUUUAAAAUGUCUUUAAGAGCCUUUUAAGUCCCUAACCCCCUCACCCAGAACCCUAACUCACAUUCAGAUAUACACAGGUCACUGUCCUGUGUGGGAUAGGUGUGCUACUUGGACAAACAGGAGGGGGAUGUCUUCUUCUUCUUCUUUAUAGGUCUUUUAUAUUUGAAAAUAAAAUGACUUCCUUGUUGAGACCUAUCCAAAUUCACCCAAAAGUGAGAAGCUCAUAAAAGUACGCUUGAGGGUUCAGUGCAGCUGGCCAUGGUCCUUAAACAUGGAAGCUUCACUAUGGGGAGCCCAGUGAUGUCAUCCCCCCCCCCUUUUUUGGUUUUUGAGACAGGGUUUCUCUGUAUAGCCCUGGCUGUCCUGGAACUCACCCUGUAGACCAGGCUGGCCUCGAACUCAGAAAUCCACCUGCCUCUGCCUCCCGAGUGCUGGGAUUAAAGGCGUGUGCCACCACUGCCCAGCUAGUGAUGUCAUUCUUGCCACACAUGCAGGAGGCACUGGAUUCAACCCACAGCACCAAUGCAAACAUAUAAGUUUCAGCUUUAAAAAAGAAGUGUAAGCUAUAAUGAUAUAAAAACAAAAUUACAGACAUACAUUUGUAUGCUGGAAUUACUUAAAAACAGAAUUUAACUGAACUAUCCAAGUAUUUUUAUAUAAACCAACUGGAAGUGCAGUGGUGCUCAGUAGAAAGCGCUUACCUGGCACGCUCAAAGCCCUGCUGCAUUUGAGUUUAAGAGACAGACAGGACUGGGGAAAGGUGAACUCAGAUGCUUCUUUGAUGAUUCUGAAAAUAAUACAUGUCCAAGAAAAUUAAAGCUAUGAAAUAAUAAGUCAAGUUAGUGAAAGAUACAGGGUAAAAGCAGGGCAAUGGUUCACGAACAACUGACAGGUGGAAACUCCUGCCGGAAACUUUAUAGCUAAAUCUGCUGAUAUCUUUUGAUGCUGUGUUAAAAGAUUCUCUACACUUUAGCUGGGUGUGGUGGAACAUACCUGUAAUCCCAGCACUUGAGUGGUAGAGACAGCUUUGUCUCUAGCAAGAUCCUAUUUCAAAAAGAAAAAAAAAAUUCUGGAUUUCAUUUCACUCAAUGGAAGCCAGCUCUCUUUUAACCCCAUUUUCUAAGAUGAUGGAAAAAAGAAUUGACCUGGUUUCCUGAGAAUCAGGUGUGUAUCUGAGUUCUUCCUUUGAUCCAAAAGAACGGAGUUACAUACCAAGGAGGCUUCAGGAUGGGAGACUCUUGGACAGGACAAGGCUAGUCCAGAUGGCCCUCUAUCCUAUCCCUGCAGAAUCUCAUGUUGAGGAGAAACAUGUUCGAUGCACCUAGUUGUGGAGCCCUGGUGAAGAGCAGGUUGACACCUGCCAAGAACUUAGUAGAAAUACUAAUUGGCUCAAAUCUCCGAGACAGAGGUUCCCAGGCCUACAUGAUACCAGAAGGGUGUGGCUUUACUUAAAAACCUGCUCUACCAGCUCCACACAUGCUUGAUUCUUUUCCUUUAAAGUCUUGGCUGCUGGCAGAAUCCGAAAUCUCUCCAUGAAAAUGGCAUUUUUAACGCUGUGCUGAGUACUCGGCAUUCACAACAGAGAGGUAAGCCAGUUAGAGCAAACUUACCCAGAACUGGAAUGGGGAGCGUCUUGCUCCUCGAGACACACGGAACACUCUACUGUCACACAGAACCAACCCUUUUCACUUAUCUUUUGAGAAAUUGAUCUUUAUCAUUGAUUUUGGAAAGCAUUCAUGUGUACAGGGCUCCUCAUGUCCAUUAGCAUAGACAAAGCACACCCCCAAACUACCUGAGAAAACAAAGGUUUCCUAGAGUCAGGCUGUUGAGUGGGUCCUUCUGAACGCAGACAUCCAAUUGUAAAGUACAGGGACUGGGAAGUGGGUGGGGCACAAGCUGACCAGACCCUAGGCCUGGGCCCCUGCGUCCUUAGCUGUGUCUGUGAUGAACUAUUUCCAGCUUUAACUAGCUAUUUGUUGAAUGAUACAUGCUGUCAAUAAUGUGCUUUGUUUCUCCUUGGCUGUGCAUUUGGUGACAAGUCCCAGAAUCUUGGUUUUCCAUUCAUGUUUUGGCAAAACAAAGCCCGUCAUCAGUGGGCCUCUGCUUUGACCCUCUGGUGAGAGUCCUCUGAGGAUAAUGCUGUCCGUUCUUUGUAAUUGUUAAAUCUGUACCUGAACCCCUGGGUUUGGGUAUAUGGGUGUUUACUGUAAAUAUCCAAAUCACAGGAAAGUAUACUGUACUUGUGUCGUUCUGGAUACUAAAGAAAUGUAACCACACAGUGAUUCCAUGGAAAGUGUUAAAACUGGAGAAUGCUCUCUGGUUAGCAUGAUGGACCCAUCUGUAUCAGGGUCCUACCCAGCUCUGCAUGGCCUUCCCCUUUAAGAUAGGAUAAAACUAUGGAAUACACAUCUUGCUACUUUCUGUGAUUUGCCAUUUCAGUUACCAAUGACCACAUUAAGAUUAAAUAAUGAUGAUUUUAAAA